AUGAGCUUUCUUGCGGGGCGCCUCGCCGCUCAGGAGGGCGCAUACUUCCUCCAGGAGUCCAAGCUCGCCGCCGGCCGCCUCGCGCAGAAGCUCCCCGCGUCCAAGCUUGAGCCCCGGCCGGCGUCCCCGCCGCCGUCGCCCGACGUGCUGCCUGAGAUCCUCCGCCACUCGAUUCCCAUCAGGCCGACGCCGCCUCCGUCCGACCCCUCGCUCUAUGGGUCCACCCGCUGGGCCCUCCCACCGGGCGGCGCCGAGGCUGUCGGCGUGUCCCCCGACGUGCUCAACCCGCUCAGCUCGUACGUCUCGCUGCCGCAGGCCACCUUCGGCCCCAAAAGAUGGCAACUUCCAAAUGAACAGACUUACUUCUCGUCAUCAACCGCCAAUGAGCGCCGGCGUGAUAUGCAUCCUCCUCCCAUGGACCCUGAGAAGUUGAAGGCUGUAAUUGCUGGAUACUCGCAGGUUGGAAAAGCGUUUCUUGCUGGGACUAUAUUGGUGUUUGGAGGAGCGACAGCUGUGCUGCUGUACACGGCGAAUAAACUACAGUUGCAUUCAAUAGAAGAUGUCAGAGCUAAAGGAAAAGAUGCAGCGCAACCACACGCUGAUAGGAUUAAAGAACAAAUAGCUCCACUAAGGAAAUGGGCUGAAGACACAUCCCGAAAAUGGCAUUACGAAGGCGAGUCCAAGGAGAAGUCUGUCCUUGUAAGAGAGCUUUCCAGAGCACUUGGUGCUAAGACGCGGCCGAAUUGA